UAAUUUUGAUCAGCUGAUCUUUUACGUUCGUGAGUUGGAUUUGAUAAAGUCUUUAAGUCCGAGUCUCUGUGGGAGACAGAGAGAGACUGUGUAGUAAGAAACGAACCAUCCGGAGAAUUUGAGUCUGAGGACGAAAGAUGGCAGCCAUGUAUAAUCUUCGGUUCUGGGCAAGUCUAUCUCUGGGUUCUUUGAGUUUUCGCUGGGUGUUGGAGAAAGUUCUACUGUUUCUCUGAGUGGUGGGUAGGUUUGCAUAGAAGGGGCAAAAGGGUGUUAAAAAGUGUCGGUAUUUGAAAGAUUCUGAUGGUCUUUGUUCAGCUGACGAGAAGUGUAAUUUUAAUUCUACCUGGAAGACUUGAUCUUUGCAUGCUUUCACCGAUGUCCGAGAGCCCUAGGAGUGGAGGAAUGGAUCUUCGAUCAGUUUCCUCUUUUGGUGAUUCUUAAGUUUUAAGAUUUUUUUCCCAGAAGCUGUACUUGAACUUAUGGGUUUGUGGUGACUAGUCAUACUUUUAUGCAAGUGGAAUAAAAUAUAUGUGACGAUAUUGAAGAUAUAUUACAUCUGGGGUUAUCAGCAUAAUGGAGAAGAUGUCGUUCCGAAGUAUAGUUCGCGAUGUAAGGGAUGGACUAGGAAGCUUAUCAAGGAGAAGUAUUGAGGUGAGGCUGCCUCGUCAUCCCAGGGGGAAAUCACAUGGCUCAGUCCAUGAGUUGCAUGACCAGCCCCUGGUAGUCCAGAACAGCCGUUGGGCUAGCCUCCCGCCUGAGCUUUUAUUUGAUGUGAUCAAAAGAUUGGAGGCAAGUGAGAGUACUUGGCCUGCCCGGAGGCAUGUUGUUGCAUGUGCUGCUGUCUGCAGAGCCUGGAGGGAAAUGUGCAAAGAAAUUGUCAGAGGUCCUGAAUUAUCUGGGAAAAUUACCUUUCCUAUUUCCCUGAAGCAGCCGGGGCCUCAAGUUGGAAACAUGCAAUGCUUUAUUAAGAGGGACACAUCAAAUUUAACUUACCACCUUUUCCUCUGUCUUAGCCCUGCUCUGCUUGUCGAAAAUGGGAAAUUUCUUCUCUCUGCAAAACGGACCCGGCGAACAACUUGCACAGAAUAUGUGAUUUCCAUGGAUGCAGAUAGCAUUUCAAGAUCAAGCAGCACUUACAUUGGAAAACUGAGGUCAAAUUUCCUGGGCACCAAAUUCAUAAUUUAUGAUACACAGCCUCCCUAUAACAAUGGGCAGUUUUCACCCCCCAGCCGAAGCCGUCGGUUUUACUCGAAAAAGGUUUCUCCAAAGGUCCCCACUGGAACCUAUAACAUUGCUCAAGUCACAUAUGAGCUCAAUGUGCUAGGCACUCGGGGUCCACGCAAGAUGCACUGCACAAUGCACUCAAUCCCCGCCUCAGCUCUUGAACCAGGUGGUACUGUUCCUGGUCAACCUGAGCUCCUCCCUCGCUCCCUUGAAGACUCAUUUCGUAGCAUUUCAUUUGCAAAAUCAAUCGAUACCUCAACUGAGUUUGGCAGCUCCAGGUUCUCAGAUAUUAUUGGAUCCCACAAUGAAGAUGAUGACGGAAAAGUGAGGCCUUUGGUUCUCCGAAACAAGGCUCCAAGAUGGCAUGAACAGUUGCAGUGUUGGUGCCUCAACUUCCGUGGAAGGGUGACUGUUGCCUCUGUCAAGAACUUUCAGCUAAUUGCUGCAACACAGCCAGCUGCUGGUGCACCAACACCAUCACAGCCAGCUGCUGGUGCACCAAUACCAAGGCAGCCAACCCAACCUGAUCAUGACAAGGUAAUUCUGCAGUUUGGUAAAGUCGGCAAGGAUAUUUUUACCAUGGAUUAUCGGUAUCCUCUGUCUGCAUUUCAGGCUUUUGCCAUUUGCUUGAGCAGCUUUGAUACUAAGUUGGCAUGUGAAUAGAAAACAAAUAACAAUGGUGAGGAAUAGAAAAUCUAGAUGGUAAUCUCUUCUUUUGUAGGGUUUUUUUAUAGGAUGGGCUGUUUGUAUGUAAAAUUCAAUGCCCUAUAAAAAAAAGUGCAGAUCGAACAAUAUUGGUUAACACAGGAGGACCUUUUCCUUUUGUUUAUCCUUGUUAGUUAGCUCUGUAUGCUUCCUUUGUCUAUCUUUGGUCGUUAAAACUGAGUUUUAACAUACAGUUAUCUUGGGUUAACGAAACUACAUUCUUCUUUA